GGACACCCUACUUCCAGUACUAGCGGACGCCAUGGCUUCUGUCCGACUAAACUAGGGCACCAUCUUGCUCUGGCUUUCGAGGAAACUGACGCCAUCUUGGAUCCAAAAGGACGUGGGCCUAGUACUGCUUUCUCCAGGCAGGUCAGACUUGGUGGGGACCCCAGAGCCAGAACAAUUGGAGGGACUGUAUAACCCUUUUGGCUUAGCCAUGCCUUGGGAUGCCCCAGACCGAGCUGGAGAGUGGCAUCAGGAGCAGGAAAAUUUGGGUUUCCCUGCAGGACCUAUUUCCCCAAAGAAAGGAUUUCAGGUAAGCACAAGACCAUCCAUGCAUAUUUCUAUGCAUGGAUGGCUGAACUUAAUUAAAUUGAAAUGUUCAGAUGUUUAGAAUCUGGUAUAGCAAGCAAAUGAAAGCAACAUAAAAAAGUCUCUCUCACAUCUAUCAAUGUAACCCACCCACCACACACUUUUACAUACUCACACACUCUACUUAGAAUGAAAGCUUUGCAGAAAGAGGCUUCACUGCAUAUCUAAUUCACAGCAUGAGUAAAAUAUCGCUUACAGAUAUGUUUGUGCAUGCAUGCAUUUGUGCAAGCUUUCAGAUAUGUUAGAGCUAUAAAAGGUAAAGGACACACUUAGGAACAGAUGAGAAAGUAGACUUUGCAAGAAUUAUUUUUCAUCAGAAACGUAGCUGUGGUUGGGAAAUGUUUGACUUUGUCUGAUUUUUGCCUCCUCUCAGUCUGUUUGUGGACCAUCUUCUUUUUUAAUUGAAAGGAUCUACUGAUUGUGUGAUCAACCCAGCUAUUUAUAGCUUUAUCAACAGUAAUAUGGCUCUGGAAGAUAUUUGUUGCUUCAAAGACAAGCCUGUGCAACAGUUGUUUCCUUUGUCAGCUUUGGAGACAGAUAAUCAUGACGUUGAAUUGAAAAGAGUGAAGACAUCUCAGAGAAACUGUGGGAUUCCACAGCACAUUUUCAUGCCACCGUUCCCUUGGGCCAACACGUUUAUCAGCACUACUUGUUUUGGACUGCCAAACCAUUCACCGACUGUGCAAAGGCCUUUCCCUCUGUCUCAUGGAACAACAACCCUGGGUUUCGUUUUCCAAGGUGGGGUAAUUGCAGCGGCAGACACACGUGCCAGCGCUGGGGGGCUUGUUGCUUGUCCAGCUGUUCACAAGAUUACCCCAAUUCACUCUCAUUUAGUGGUCACCUCCUCAGGCAGCGGCGCCGACUGCAUGCUUUGGGAACGAAUUCUGAUCAGAGAGAUCAGACUGUACGAACUGCGACACAAGCGCCGACUCUCCAUAAGAGGUUCUGCCAAACUUCUUUCCUUUAUGUUGCAUCCAUUUAAAGGAACGGAAGUAUGUGUGGCUCUCACUCUGUGUGGUUGGAAUAAAGAAGGAGGGAGCACUGGCCUGAAUCACAACUUGGACGAUUCAUCUUUUGUGACUGAUGUAAGCUCUUCAUGUGCUGUCAGGAACAUUUCAGCAAAAGAUCCGGUGUCUCCAAGUAGUGGCCCACAAGUAAUCUAUGUGUGCAGCGAUGGUGCCCGACUGCAAGGAGAUAUCAUCUCUGUUGGAUCAGGGUCUCCUUAUGCUUACGGAAUCCUGGAUGGGGGUCUGAGUUGGAGUUUGAGUAAAGAAGAAGCCAUCUCCUUGGCAAGAGAAGCAGUAUUCAGAGCCACUCACAGGGAUGCCUACUCUGGAAACAAUGUGGACCUUUUUCAUAUCACAGCCCAGGGAUGGAUCCAAAGACCAAGGGAGGAUCUGAAAGAAGAAUAUUACAGAGACAUGGAGAGGAGGUCCAACCAUAGAAGGAAACAGACACAACGACAUACAACAGAACGCAGUUAGAUAAAAAAAAUGUAACGGUCUUGGACUUUGAAGAUGGAAAAAAGUAGCUUAAAAGAUUGUUUAAGAAUAAUUUGAAAUCGGG